AUGGAGAAGAAGUUAAGGGUAAAGAAGGAAGUAUGGAUGGGGAAGAAGUUUGGGAUGGAGAAGAAGUUUGGGAUGGAGGAGAAGUUUGGAAUGGAGGAGAAGAACCAACGUAUGGAGAAGAAAUUAAGGAAGAAGAAGUUUAGGAAGGAGACGAAGUCAAGGAUGGAGAAGAAGUUUUGGAUAGAGAAGAAUUUAAGGAUAAAGAAGAAAAAUGAAGUUAAGGAAGCAGAAGAAGUUAAGGAGGAUGGAGAAGAAGUUAGGGAAGGAGAAAAAGUUAAGAAUGAAGAACAAGUUAGGGAAGGAGAAGAAGUUAAGGAUGGAGAACAAGUUAGGGAAGGAGAAGAAGAAGUUAAGGAUGGAGAAGUAGUUUGGGAUGGGGAAGAAGUGAAGGAAGGAGAAGAAGUUAAGGAAGAAGAAGAAGAAGUUUUGGAUGGAGAAGAAGUUAAGGGUAAAGAAGAAAGUAUGGAUGGGGAAGAAGUUUGGGAUGGAGAAGAAGUUAAGGAUGGAGAAGAAGUUUGGGAUGGAGGAGAAGUUUGGAAUGGAGGAGAAGAACCGAAGUAUGGAGAAGAAAUAAGGAAGAAGAAGUUUAGGAAGGAGACGAAGUCAAGGAAGAAGAAGUUUUGGAUGGAGAAGAAGUUAAGGAUAAAGAAGAAAAAUGAAGUUAAGGAAGCAGAAGAAGUUAAGGAGGAUGGAGAAGAAGUUAGGGAAGGAGAAAAAGUUAAGAAUGAAGAACAAGUUAGGGAAGGAGAAGAAGUUAAGGAUGGAGAACAAGUUAGGGAAGGAGAAGAAGAAGUUAAGGAUGGAGAAGUAGUUUGGGAUGGGGAAGAAGUGAAGGAAGGAAAGAAGAAGAAGAAGUUUUGGAUGGAGAAGAAGUUAAGGGUAAAGAAGAAAGUAUGGAUGGGGAAGAAGUUUGGGAUGGAGAAGAAGUUAAGGAUGGAGAAGAAGUUUGGGAUGGAGGAGAAGUUUGGAAUGGAGGAGAAGAACCGAAGUAUGGAGAAGAAAUUAAGGAAGAAGAAGUUUAGGAAGGAGACGAAGUCAAGGAAGAAGAAGUUUUGGAUGGAGAAGAAGUUAAGGAUAAAGAAGAAAAAUGAAGUUAAGGAAGCAGAAGAAGUUAAGGAGGAUGGAGAAGAAGUUAGGGAAGGAGAAAAAGUUAAGAAUGAAGAACAAGUUAGGGAAGGAGAAGAAGUUAAGGAUGGAGAACAAGUUAGGGAAGGAGAAGAAGAAGUUAAGGAUGGAGAAGUAGUUUGGGAUGGGGAAGAAGUGAAGAAGAAGAAGAAGAAGUUUUGGAUGGAGAAGAAGUUAAGGGUAAAGAAGAAAGUAUGGAUGGGGAAGAAGUUUGGGAUGGAGAAGAAGUUAAGGAUGGAGAAGAAGUUUGGGAUGGAGGAGAAGUUUGGAAUGGAGGAGAAGAACCGAAGUAUGGAGAAGAAAUUAAGGAAGAAGAAGUUUAGGAAGGAGACGAAGUCAAGGAAGAAGAAGUUUUGGAUGGAGAAGAAGUUAAGGAUAAAGAAGAAAGUAUGGAUGGGGAAGAAGUUUGGGAUGGAGAAGAAGUUUGGAAUGGAGAAGAAUCUACUAAGUAUGGAGAAGAAAUUAAGGAAGAAGAAGUUAAGGAAGGAGAAGAACUUUCAGAUGGGAUGGGAUGGGAUAGGAUAG